ACUCUGUGUCACAUGGGUAAAUACUUACUACUUACUAGUAUGUAUCUAGAAGCAGUACGGAGUAGGUACCGGUACCCGCAAAGCGACCCGCCCCAGAGUUGUGGACACCUAUCACCCUAGGCAAUUCGGAUAGUAGGUACAGCGUACUCCGCUACCUGCCAACGCGUACCUACCUAUAUCGUGUGUACAUGGCCGAUUUCAUUGCGGAUUGCUGAUCCGCCGUCUUUCUACCAUUCGAAUCGACUCCUCCAUUGUCAUGCCAAAAUGAAGCUUUUCAAUCUUGUCGUGUCCCUUCUUUGUAUAUUCCCCAACGCCUUCUGCAUCGCCACGGACUCAAACAAGUUUGAAAGAUACCGUUCAAUCUCUCGCUCCGCCCCAAUCGAGCUUACUGAUUCGUCAUAUGAGGAUAUAACAUCCAAGCCUCGCGAUUAUCACGUCGCAAUUCUCCUGACAGCUGCAGAUUCUCGCUAUGGUUGUACCCUUUGCCGCGAGUUCCAGCCAGAAUGGGAGCUCAUAGCGCGAAGCUGGAACAAAGGUUCUAAGCCUGAUGAUGGGCUUCAGAUUCUCUUCGCUACCCUAGAUUUUAGUGACGGAAAAGGCACUUUCCAAAAGCUGAUGCUUCAAACUGCACCCGUCCUCCUUGUGUUUCCUCCUACUGUCGGUCCCUUCGCUAAGGUUGACGACACACCUCUACGAUUUGACUUCAGCGGCCCAAUCUCCGCCGAUCAAUUGUACACGUGGAUCAAUCGUCACCUUCCAGAGGGGCCGAAGCCGCCUCUGGUUCGUCCGAUCAACUAUAUGCGACUUGUCUCGGCUGUAACAAUAUUGAUGGGUGUUAUAACCCUUUUCACUGUCCUGUCCCCUUAUUUUCUGCCCAUUAUGCGCAACCGGAACUUGUGGGCUGCUUUCAGUCUGAUUGCCAUCCUUUUGUUCACAAGUGGCCACAUGUUUAACCACAUCCGCAAAGUCCCAUAUGUUGCAGGGGAUGGUAGAGGGGGCAUUAGCUACUUCGCAGGGGGUUUCUCCAACCAGUUCGGCAUGGAAACACAAAUCGUUGCUGCCAUAUAUGCCGUCCUUUCAUUUGCGACAAUUGCUUUAGCAAUGAAGGUGCCACGUGUUGCAGACAACAAGGCACAACAAGUGGCAGUAAUCAUCUGGGGCUCUGUACUUCUUGGUAUGUACAGCUUUCUUCUCAAUGUGUUCAAGACCAAGAAUGGGGGAUAUCCCUUUUUCCUUCCACCAUUCUAAAAUGGCUUCACUGUACCUUACUGGCCUGCAUAUUUGAUCCAGCCAAACCUGAGUAUAAAAUCUCGGGUUAGCAAACGUUGGAAGAAAGUUGCUAUAUGGUAUUUUCUUAGUCCUGGCGCCUCCGAUUUGAUGUACAUUAUUGCUGUACACGGUAGGUCUUUUUUUUCCCCAGGCCAGUUGGGUGCGACACUCGGAUUAGUUUGUACUAGUCUUUGUCAAUCAAUGGAGCAAGCUAUCAGAGGUGGAAUAUAGCACUGCCCCAUGAGUACUAUGUAGCUUAGAUUUUUGGCCGGUGAUAUCUACGAUUAGGUCUGGUGAAAGUCUUUCAUCGCUGCAUUAUAUUCAAUCUACAAGUGACUUGAUAAC